AUGCUGCAGUCGCGUCUCCGACCCCUCCCCCGCAAAGAUCAGACGUCGCAAAAAACACCCACACAGAACCUACAAACCAUCCAAGCCGAAGUUUCGCAGCUCAACGAGCACAACCUACAAGAUGAAGAGGAGGACGACGAUGUAGAAGAUAUAUUUUCGGCAUUUCUGCCCCACCUACUCCCCGACGACGCCCCCCAAUUCCACGGCGACCCUGGCCAGCGUCUCCGAUACUCGUCGCCAAUGUACGGCGAUCUGACCAUCAUGGUCCCCCACUACCCCGGGCAAAGCGAGAACCGGAAUGAUGAGAUUGCAGCUGGUCUGCACACGGAGAAUAGAGCGAAUCAGGUCGAAGAAGGGAGGAAGCUUUUUGCGCAUUUCCUCUGGAGCGCGGCGAUGGUGGUGGCCGCGGGCGUGGAAGAUGCGGCGGCUGCAAAGAAAAAUUCUACGGGAGAAGAUAAGUUGAUGUGGAGUGUUGACGGACAUAGGGUUUUGGAGCUUGGUGCUGGCGCCGGCCUACCGUCUGUUAUAUCGGUGCUCUCUUCAGCCUCGCAUGUCACAAUGACCGACCACCCCUCAUCACCGGCGUUCCUCGGGGCGAUGGAGUAUAAUAUAAUGGAAAACGUGCCAGCGUCGCUCCGGCCGAAGAUCAAGUCGCAACCGCACGAAUGGGGCGUAUUAGACGACGAAUUCGCGCUGGCAAACAAGGGCAGAUUCUCACGGAUCAUUGCUGCCGAUUGUCUCUGGAUGCUGGCGCAGCACGCCAAUCUGGCCAAAACGUUGCUGUGGUUUCUCAGCGACGGGGGUCGGGUGUGGGUUGUUGCUGGGUUCCAUACUGGUCGGGCUGUUGUUGCGAACUUCUUCGAGACGGCGGUGGCGCUAGGACUGGCAAUUGAGCGUAUAUAUGAGCGAGACCUGAAUGCAGAUGCAGGCGAGGAAGGCCGGGAGGUUCGGCGGGAGUGGGCGGCGGUGAGGGCGGAUGAGGGCCCGGAGAAUCGCAAACGAUGGUGCGUGAUAGCGGAGCUGGGACGGUCAUAA